GAAUUCCCAAGGUCUGAAUGAUGACAGAGACACAGGAAAAAGGGCUCCGUGAGAGACUGAUCAAAGAAAGUGAUGAGAUCCCGAAUGAGGAUCCGCGGACGUACUUGCUUCCCUUCCAUCCCGUCGGAAAUGGUCAAUACCGAUUGGGGGCUUGUGAGCAACCUGAACGAAGCCUGAAUGUUCUCCUACUCGGCUUGACAGGAUCAGGGAAGUCGAUGCUAAUGGAGGUGAUGGCCAAUUACGGUUUGGGAAUGACUUUUCAGGAGCCCUAUCGUUUCCGAGUGAAGAAGGAUGAUGGACCCACGAGCAUCAUCACCUCGCACACCUUCUUCACCAGAGACAAGAAGAGGUUCCCCCGUCCAGUAACUCUGAUUGAUACACGAGGUUACUUAAAGCUGACGCCCAAAGAGGACCAGAAUUUGACGGAAGAGAUCCGCGCAUUCCUCCACUUUAACCAUCCGCUGGGCGUCCAUGCCGUCGUCUACGUCCUCCCAAGUUCUCAGGCGAGAUUGACGGCAGAACAGAAAAUGGCAAUACAAAGCAUGGUCCAAGUCUUGGGAGAAAAGAUUCAGGGACUCAAUGAUAUUUCCUAUCUGUUUUGCACAUUCGCGGACGGCAAAAACCUCCCCGUCCUAGAAUCCGUAAAAGAGGCCGGAUUGAAUUUUAAGAAGCAUUUCGCCGCGAACAGUUCUGCUUAUUUCGCGAAAGAAGACAAUGAUGAAUCUUCCAGCGACGAUGACGAGGAGGAAAAGGAAAUAGAGAAAACAACUUCAAUCAAUGGGAAGCUAUGGGAUAUUACGACAGAGAGCAUCAGUGAAUUUCUUGAGGACAUUCAGAAGAACAAACCGAUCCCCGUUCAACCUUCCCGUUUUAAAGGAGAAAAGAAAGAGGAAAGAAAGGAGGGCAUGGAACCAAGAUGGCAUCCCCGAGAUUCUCGUGAGGAACGGGUAUCCCUGAUUAACGGUCACGAGAACACCCUUGAACAACUCCGCGGUCGGAACUUCGGACGCAGAGGGGGCUCUCCAUCUCGACCUCAGAUGGGUGGGCCAAUCGGUUGCCGAAAUCUGAAGGGAGUGAUGCCGAAGAGAAGAUAUGAAUUGGGAGUGUUUUGUCGCCAAACAGGGUUGAAGGACGUGGAGUGGCUGAGGGAGAAGCUUCCACCCUUCCUGAAGAAGUAUGAGGAACUCAUCCUCUCCAUCGUCACCUUCCCUCGAAGGAAAGUAGAGCAUCUCAUGAGGUACCUUGGGGGCAACUUCAUUAGAAUUCGUCGCUGGGUCCCAUUCCAGGCCACGCAAUCCGAGUCCAAAGCAUACAUUCUCUCAUCGACGGAGAGAAAGAAGAGGUAGAAUUGAAUACAUUAAAAUAAAUAUAUAUAUAAACUCGUAUUUCAAUGCCACACCUGGUGUACUAUUAAAAUAUUGGGUUUGGUAGUAGUUAGGCAGUGUGAAUUGCACGUGUUGCCCUCUUCCGAGGUAUUUUCUAUGUUCUGAUGCAAUAUGGAAUUAUUAUAUUGAUCAAUGAAUAUCAGGAAAAUAAACCUCCAGG